AGUAUCAUUCUGAAUUUACAAAACAGAAAAGUCACACUUUUCCUUGUUUAAGUGUCACAAUGGAAGAAAUCAACAACACACCAAUGAAUGAGCCAGAAACCAACAAAUGGCUAUCUGAUUUGGAAAUGGAUGAGUACAAUUUAUUUCCUGAAGAAUGCAACCUGAAUUUCCUUGAUGCUGAUGAGAAACAAGAGUUUGUUUCACAUGACAUAGCUACUGUCUUUCAAGAACAAAACCAACACCAACAUGUGACUUCAGAGUGCACUUCCACAACCCUCACCAACUUACUCACUGAUGAAACCAGUUUUGAGUCAUUUGACUUUGGUUUUGAACUUACAAUAAUUGAUCAAAAUGACAACAUCACUACUGAAACCAUAUCACCAAAACUAUCUCCAACAUCUUCUAUCUCAUCUUUUCAGUCUCAGAUUCUCUCUUUUGAAAACCUCCCAAAUUCACCUGCUACCAACACCCCCCAAUUUUUUGAAUUUGACCAUACUCUAAACUCCAAACAGAAUGAAACAGUGUCAGUAUCUCCACCCCAGUUGGAAAACACUCAUGUCUUCACUCAAACUCGAAAAGGGUCAUCAAAAAAUCAAAACUUGGAAGCAAAAACCUCGCAACCAAAGAGAUCUCGAGCCAACGCUGAGGAUCAUAUCAUGGCUGAGAGAAAGCGAAGAGAGAUACUCAGCCAGAGUUUCAUUGCUCUUGCAGCUCUUAUUCCUAACCUUAAAAAGAUGGACAAAGCUUCUGUAUUAGCCGAGUCUAUUAAAUACGUGAAAGAGCUUAAAGAUCGUUUGGAAGUUUUGGAAGAUCAGAACAAGAAAACUAAAGCUGAAUCUGCGGUUGUUCUGAACAAACCAGACAUAUGUAGCGAUGAAGAUAACUCCUCAAGUGAUGAGAGCAUUGAAUGUGGUGGUGGUGGUGACAGUGAAUCACUCUUACAAGUGGAAGCAAGAGAGUUAGGGAAAGAGAUGUUGAUUAGGAUCCACUGCAAGAAGAAGAAGGGAGUUUUGGUAAAAAUGAUGGGAGAGAUUCAAAGUUUAGAAUUGUUUGUAGUGAAUAGCAAUGUCUUACCCUUUGGUGAUUCUGUCCUAGACAUAACCAUCAUUGCUCAGAUUGGUGAAGGGUACAAUUUGAGCAUAAAGGAGCUUGUGAAGAAGCUGCGCAUGGAUGCAUUGAAGUUUAUGUCAUCAUAAUAACAUGAACAGGGCACUUGUUCGAUUUCGUAUGGAAAUGGUAGUAGGAAUAUGCAUGGCUUAUUUAGUACUAGUUGGUGCUUUAAUCAAUUCAAGUUAGGAGUUAUGUGGAUUUUUACAAAAAUAACUUCUUUAUCAUUUUCUCUAAAGUAGGUGUCAUUUUUUUUUGGGUUAAAGUAGGUUGUUGACAACUUUGUCUUCCUCCACACUAAAAAUGUGAAAUCUAUCUUUUGAAUUAAAAAAUAGACAAUUUUAUAAUAACUUACAAACAUAACUUUGUAAUUUGGGUUAAAGAUAAACAAUAUAAUUUUGUAUAUACAUUCAUUGGAGACUUUUUAAGGAUUUUCCAUUGAA